GAGAGGGGGCGGUGAAGACAGCUGGGCAAACUGCAUCUCCGCCAGGCUGCUUCCCUUCCUCCUUGUUUUUUCUCAGCAGGAGUGGUUUGGCAAGCCUGCUCCGGGUGCCUCCGAGCCCUUCUCGCAACGCCCAGGUGAGUGGGGGGUAGCGUUGGCAGCCAGGCACCUGGCCCUCCCUUAGCCGUGCUAGCUCAUUCCCAGGACAGGACAUGUCAAGCUGCAACAGCCCCAGGGGCCCCGCUGCCCUGGACUUUCCGGAAGUCCUGAAGUCCCUGCUGGAGUACUCCUUACCCUGGACCAACAAGAUGACAGAUAAAGAGAAGGAGAAGAUAAAGCUUGAGGAAGAUGAGACAGCAGCUGCUAGCACUAUGGCAGUCUCGGCUUCCCUUAUGCCGCCCAUUUGGGACAAAACUAUUCCUUAUGAUGGCGAGUCUUUCCACCUGGAGUACAUGGAUCUGGAUGAGUUCCUGCUGGAGAAUGGAAUUCCUUCCAGCCCUACUCACCUGGAUUUGAACCAGAAUCCACUCUUGCCUGUGGCUGAGCUGGAAGGAAAGGAGUCUGCCAGUGCUUCCACUGGUUCUCCUGCAUCAUCCUCUUCCACUGCAGUUUACCAGCAAUCUGAAGCAGCCUCCAGCACAGAGUCCCCACCACAAAAUGAGAGAAAUACUCCCAGCCCCAUUGAUCCUGACUGCGUAGAAGUUGAGGUGAACUUUAACCCUGACCCUGCUGACUUAGUGCUGUCCAGCGUGCCUGGUGGUGAGCUCUUCAAUCCUCGCAAGCACAAGUUUACUGAAGAGGACCUGAAACCACAACCAAUGAUUAAAAAAGCCAAGAAGGUUUUUGUCCCAGAUGAGCAAAAGGAUGAAAAAUAUUGGACAAGGCGAAAGAAGAACAAUGUGGCAGCAAAGCGUUCCCGUGAUGCUCGGCGAUUAAAGGAGAAUCAGAUCACAAUUCGGGCAGCCUUUCUUGAGAAAGAGAAUACGGCCCUGAGGACGGAGGUUGCAGAGCUGCGCAAGGAAGUGGGACGAUGCAAGAACAUUGUUUCUAAAUACGAGACCAGAUACGGACCCUUUGACUUAUCUGAUUCCGAGUGAUGCAACUUUAAAGACUUUUAAAAACAAAGAAACUAAAAAGCACACAUGAAUCGCCAGUCUUCAGAGUGAGCAGUGAAAUCUGAGGUGUCCCAACACAAACAACUGAUGAUGACCCUGCCUGCCUGCUUGCCUGCAAGUACCCCAUCUGAACUACCCAGGGCUGGGCAUGAUGAAAAGUGCAAAGUCUCCUUAAUUCUGUAUAUGGCUUUCUUAUCUGUCUUUCUCACUGUAACUAUGAACUACAAUAAGCUUACUUGUCGGGGUUUUGUCAAGACACUCGAAGUUCAUGUCUCAAAGUCUGUUGAUAGCCUGUGUGAAUAGUGACUCCUUGUUUUGGCACAAAAUGGGAAGAAAAUGAAAGUGUCUGUAUAUAUUAAGAACUGCUAUAUCUUAAGACUUUUUUCCCUGCAGUACAAUGAAUUUUAUUUAAUACUGCAGCUCACUUCUGGUACAGUGUAGCAUCUUGUGGAGUACUGUGAGUGCAGAAUUGAAGGACGCCAGGAAAACAGCAGUCUGUGAUGUGUGAGACUUCCAGUGCAGAAAAGUAGAGCAGAUGUAUUGAAACAAUCCAGAAAGCACCACAGCGUGCCAUACAAAGAGUAGUAAUAAAUCUCUAUCAAAUGACCCAUGUAAUGGUAAAACACUUUGGUUGCUUUCCUGCUCCACGGCUACACUGCUGUAACCUGCCUUUUCCUUUGUUUCUUUUAUGAGGCUCACUUUCUUUUAUGGUAUCUUGCUGAAACAAGAUCUAUUCUUCUGCUAACAAUUUAGCAAUCGUGGAAAAGGUGCUAGUCUGAGCUGCUGAUCCCCGUGUCUUUUGGCAGUCUGAAACUACCAAAUGAGUAUUAGCUCCAGCAAAACAAUGGCUGUAAGCUGCCAUAUUACAAUUUUCUGUCUCUUGACUACAUGAGAACUGUGGUGGCGAAAGAGUACUUUGUUCAUCUGUUUUAUAAAACAGAAACAGCCAGUGAUUUCCCACAGUUACAAUGGGCAGCUUAAGUAUCGAGACCCUUGUGCUGGUGUGGGUGAGUAGAUGAAAUCUUGGACAGAUUGCAGGGAUGUUUAUUGUGUGUAAUAGAUGAAAGAAGUAGGUGGAAGUUCCUUUGUAAGAGUUUCAUCAGCAUAACAAGAAUCUACUCUUAUAUUGAGGAAGCUUAAGAGCGAAGUUUGUGUAGGAAGAAAAAGAGUACUUAAUUUCUGGGAAAGUAGCAGAGGGCCAUGCUUGUAGCCAAAAUGGAUCUUGUAAGACAGUAGUUUAUUUAUGCCUGGAGAUUGAUAAACAGCAUACACCUCAAGAAAAAUAAUCUUGAAAGCUUUCAGAAGCACAAGUGCUGAAAUUACGAGGCACAACUAGUUACCAGCAAAGCUCGACACUAUCAUGUUGAACAAGUAUUUUGACUUUGCAUUUACCCAAGAGAUUCCACCCCUAGUUUCAGAGCAAAAAGGCAAAGAGAAAAAGGUGCAAAGAAGCAGCUAAUGUUGUAAACUUCAUUUAAAAAAAAACAAAAAACAAUAAAAAUCUCAAAACCUAGAAUUCAUAACCAUUUUUUUGAAGGCAUAACCUUUGUAAAGACCGUAUACAUUAAAUGCAGUUAUUGACCUAUUAUUUUUAAUGGACCAUGUUCUGAAGUCAAGAAAGUGCUCUUAACUUUUUUGCUGGUUACAAAAGUAUAAUUAUGAGUGUAUUAUUAUAAUUUGGGAUUCUCAAGCUCUGAGAUAAUCUUGGGGUAUUCUCUUCAAACAGAUGAAUAGUUUAGCUCCAUGUUGCUGAAAUGUCAGCAUAUAUCUCUAUCUGUAUCAAGUAUUGGUGAUUUGGACUGAUAUUUGAUAUUUUUGGUAUGUGCUGUUUUUUGUUGUUUUAUUUUGGUGAUAAAGGCCAAACCACG